UCUCGCGGGUAAAGUCACUAGAUUAACAAAGUACCGCAUAGUGCACACUUUGUAGCUAUCUAUACUAAGUGCAAUUUUUCUAACCUUGAUCCUGGUUUGUCCUGUGUCCUGUUGUGUGUAUGAGGUGAGAAAACUCCUUCUGUUGCGCAGAAAAAGAAGAAAAUAUCAAAAGGGCCAGGUUGUUGCGUGGAGAAAUGCAACAAUCGCAGCCUAUAUCUAUACUAUCGGACGCCAUUUUUGCUCCAGCUUAUCUUAUUGAGAUCAAAAUUGCAGUACUUUGUUAAUCUAGUGACUUUAUCUUAGGCUUCUCUCUGGUUUUGGUUCCAGUAUGUAAUAGAAUUCAAUAUACAAAAUACAAAGGCUUUUAUCGUAUUUAAAAAUGGUCGGCGGAGCAGCUCGUGCGAGUAAAACCGCGUUACGAUAUCUUCUUGGAACAUGCGUACCUUCGUCCAAACAAAAUGCUGCCAAAGUCAGAAUAUCACAAUUAGAAUUCAACGAUCACAUUCAUAUGCAUUACAAAAAGUAUGAUUUUGUUUAUGCCAAUGAUCCAAAGAAACUGUGCAAAACCGGCGAUGUAAUCUUGAUCAAAGAAUUAUCAAACAAACUAACACGUUUGAUUUCGCAUGAAGUUAUUGAAGUGAUAUAUCCUCUAGGUGAUAUAACAGAUCCAGUUACAGGGAAGAAAAUUGUCGCAAGUCAAUAUAGAGAGGAUAUAGAUGAAGCCGACAAAUUACUUGGCAAAAAAGACUCUGUCUUUGAUUAUUCAAAAGCACCAAAAAGAGGAAGAUUGGAAGGUGUAAGAGAUUUCACUCAUAAGAAAAUGUAUUUGAAAUAUUAUGAUGAUCCUCAUGAACCACAACCAGAUACAGUAUACUGAAAGAAUACUUGUAUAACAUUAAAAAAAUG